AUGCGUUUUUUUCUACCACUAGUGGCAUCUAAAGAUUUCCUUGAACUAGAACCAGAAGAAAUUUUAACUUUUCUGAAAUCAAAUUAUAUUUGUGUCACGAGCGAGGUAGAAGUCCUCAUGGCCGGUGUCCGAUGGUUGUGUGCGGACUGGUCAAACCGACGGCAACUCGCCGUUGACGUGAUGCGGUGCGUACGCUUCGGUCUGAUAUCGCCAUGGCAACUCGUGGAUAUCAAACGGAACCCUGACAAUGGUGAAAUAUUAGAGAUCGUUAAUGAACCUGAGGUGCAGCAAAUGGUAGACGAUGGACUCGCCUAUGUCAUAAUAAAAUAUUGGUAUGGAAACAACUCAAAGAACUACUACCAUUGGAUAGAGGUACUUGGACUCACAGAGCCCGCUGAGAGAAACUGGAUUGGCGAAGAAAAGAAUCACGUAACGUACAAAGAUUUCCUGAAAUAUCUAGAACAAUUCAUGGUACCCAAGGAGCAGAUAUAUCAUCAGAUGUCGAUGAUGCAGCCACCUCGGAGAAACGAUGAUAUUCCUGGUAGUAUACGUGGAAUUGACAAUGACAAAUUGGAUAUGCGGCGACCAAAAAUGGAUUUUCCUUUACCACUUGCUUUGAAAGGAAUGACUGGGGACAAAGACAAGUUUCCCAAUUUUAGCGACUUUUUUGACAACAGGAAAAAAAAUACAUCGUCAGAUCAAUAUUGCAUGAUCAAGACAAAUGAUAAAAGACACAGCGUCGCAGCUUCGUACUUGGCUGCUGCAACCGCCGUGUUAUCCAGUACCAAGAAGUAUAGUGAGAAUGGUUUGACAGUCCCUAGAAAGAACUUUGGUUUGGUUGUGCAUCGUAUGGCGUUAUACGCUAUUGGAGGUCAGGAUAAAAAGGGCAGGGUGCUUCGGUCAGUAGAGCGUUUCGAUCCAAAAACUGGUUCCUGGAACGAAGUCCGGCCGAUGAGCGUGGGGCGUAUGGCCGUAGCGACGGUCAAGUACCGAGACUACAUCUGGGUGGCCGGCGGUAUGACCGGAGAGAAGAAACGUCCCGUCUGCAAGAUAGUCGAAUGUUACAACUCAAAAACCAAUGAAUGGACUGAAAUUCAUAGCUUACGUUUUCCAAGAUGCUUCGCUACAUUGUUCGCGAUGAAUGACCGUCUGUAUAUAGUUGGAGGAGCAGGAAAAAUGUCAGAUAAAGAUAAAACUGCGAGCAGUGUGGGGGCCAUAGACAUAUGGGACUGGAAGGGUCGCGAAUGGAAAUUAGAAACUGAAAUGUCUAUACCUCGGCACGGUCACGCUUUGGCUUACCUCGGAACACAACUGAUCAUAAUUGGUUAG